GAUAAUAUUGAUCGUAGAAUAAAGUUUGAAUAUAAAAAAAGUGGAUACAGACUGUUGGAGACAGCGCCUUACAGUUUGGCUUGGGCCAAUAUCGGAGUGCAACGAACUGUGAUAGAGAGAGAGAGAGAGUCAGAGAGAGUUCUCGUUUAGCUACAGAACUAUGUGCACAGUACAUCGCCAACUAGAACUGUAGAUGUACAGCAUCGAUUGUCGCUUGGCACAGACAGUUGAGAGACGUAUAGAACUGUAGUUGUACACAUGCAUCGUCUGGCGUGUGCAGCAGCCAGCCUGCAGGCCUCGCCGGCCGCUACGCGUACGCAAGCAGCGGAGAGGGGCGCGCCGAAAGAUGCAGAGCGGCCGGGGGCCGGGCGCCGGGGGCCUGGAAGAGAAAGGCGUAUGGCCUCGCCGUGCGCUGCAGGCGAUGCAGUUGCAGCCAGGUUGCCUACUGGCUCCGAUCCUCUCCAAGGACCAAGGCUGCAACGCUGACGUGCGGCCAGCAGUCAGACCACCGGACCCCUACCGGCUUUAGUACGGCUUACGAGGUACUGCGACCGAGGGCAUGCAGCGGCGCAGUCUCCGACGUACGGCUUCGCAAUCAGGGCCAUGGAAUUUUGAGCCACCCGUUGUUGAGCGACGAAGGUUGCACGCCAUCUUGCUAGUGUUUCUUUCAUCGCUUCAUCUGAAAUUCUCAACUGUACUAAACUCUGGCUUAAUUUAUGCUAGUACAGUGGUCCGGCAGUGACUAUACAUUUCAACUCUUUCGCACGACGACCUUCCGUCUUGUGUAAACGAUGGACAAUGAUGAUCUCAUUAGAUAUUGAGCCCAAUAUUUCCUUCUCAAUAAAGCAAAUGAGACCGAAGCUCAAAUAAAUCCCUAUGGACAAUGAUGAUCUCAUUAGAUAUGGACAAUGAUGAUCUCAUUAGGAUCGAACCGCCUCUUCUUGUCCCUUCCAAUAUCUCUAUAUGGAAAAAUUGAAUUGGCGAGGCUGAUGAGGUCCCCAAAACAAAUAUUAUCUUUUCAUCUCCUCAUGUUGGUUAGGGUGAUAAUCCACCAUUCUUUUUCUUUUAGCGAGGAAGCUUAGAAGGUCUUUGAAUGAACUAUAGCUAAUAGUUAGUGGCUAAAAUUAGUUGAAGACAUUCAAACAUCCUAGCUAAUAGUUCAAAUAUUAGCUAUUUUUAAUAAAUUAGUUAAUAGUUAACUAGAUAUUUGUUAGCUAGUUAAUUUCACUAGUAUUCAAACACCACUUACUCAAAUCAAUUAGUUGAUGCACUAGUGCAGAGUUAUGCUUUGGUGCAUGUCCUAGUGCAUUUCCACUGGAACUCCCUACAUUGGUACUGCGAUUUGCUGUCCUGGUAAAAAAAAUCUCUCCAUUUUAUUUUCCUAACAAAAAAGUUACAAGCUUGCCAAAAAAAAAUAGUACGCAGGUAUAUGACGUCAGGAUUUAGAGAAACAAAAAUAACAAACUCUGAAAUCUUAAGUCUGAGCCCUAGACUUACGUGGUUAAGCACCAUACAAUCAGCAAUCUUCAAGCUGGUGUCUGGUAAUAGGCCGGCACGGGUUGGAAGACAGCAGCGGCGGCAGCCGGCGGGGCGCCACCGUGGUUCGUACAGCGUGCGACAGCUCCUGGCGAGUGGCGCGACAGGCCGCAGGCGAGAACGACGAGUGGCUUAUUAUGGGCGACCGACGUUUCGCUUUUGUUCCGGACUUCGUUGGCUUUUGUGAGAAGGAUUGUAUUCACCCACACAAGCUGGUAAGUGGUAACAGGGCCGACG